AUGGAAAACCUCACCAUCUCCGAUGCCCCUCCCCAGGGGGGCCAACCCGUUCUCGGUGGCCGCGCACCGCCCCCGCCUCAGCAACCCGCCCAGCUCCCACCGCAGAUGUUCACCACUGCAGCUCAGCUGCUGGAUCUCACCGACAAGAAGCUCAUGGUUGCACUCCGCGAUGGUCGCAAACUGAUUGGCGUCCUUCGCAGCUGGGACCAGUUCGCAAAUCUCGUCCUUCAGGACACUGUCGAGCGCGUCUUCGCCCAUCCAGACCUUGAUGCCAACCCGUCGCGUCCUUCAGGCCUUUACGCCGACGUCAAGCGUGGUAUCUUCCUUGUGCGUGGCGAAAAUGUGCUCCUCCUGGGUGAGAUCGAUCUCGACAAAGACGACGACCCACCCCCGGGCUACGAGUCGGCUGAUGUCAAGCUGGUGCACCGCCUGGCGGCCGAGAAGAAGGAAAAAGACAAGACACGCGACAAGGGGCGGAUCAAGAAGCUGAGCAAGCUUGGCUUCGAGGGCGAGAACAUGGGCGAAAUUCUGCUCUGA